UCGUUCAACACUUGCUUCCUUCGUUUCCUCACAAACACCACACGAGACACCCAUUGAAUACCCUCGCACCCCCCAUCGCCUCAGCGGGGCACUCCACGCCCGCCAUGUCCUCGCUAAAGAAGGCGCUCGAGAAGCUGAAGGUCUCGCACAGCAACCCGCAGAGCGACGACGAGAGCGGCAUCACCAGCCCCAAGUCUGCCACGGCUGCGAAUGGCGCCGCCUCGCCCGGCCCGGCCUCGCCGCGCACGUCGGCCAUCUUCCACCGCAACAGCGACGACAUCCCCCGCCGAAGCGGCACAUUCGGCCACCGCAAGUCGACCACCAAGGACCUCAGCGGCAUUGGGGCCGAGAGCCCCAAGCGCAGCGGCACCUUCGACUCCAAGACCGACAGCCCUGUGCGCCGCAGCGGCACCUUUGGCGGCCACCGUUCUAGCGGCAUCUCCCACAGCCCAAUCCGCGCCGUGAGGGAGAAGCUCGGCCUCGGCGAAGUCGAAUCCUCGUCCUCCUCCACCAGCGAGCUGCCCCUCAACCGCGAUGGCGAGCCCAUGUCCCGCAACCAGCUCAAGAGGCACGAGAAGCAGGUUGCCGAAGAAGUGCGCAAGAGGGAGAUCCUGGAGAAAGAGGAGGAGCUGAAGGCGCGGCGCAAGCUGAUGGAGGCCUCGGCCGAGCGCGAGCUCUCGCCGGACCAGAAGAGCCGCUACGGCGUGCUGCCCAUCAAUGGCUACGCCGGCGAGUGGAAGCACGAAGAGCGCGUCCAGCUGCUCAACUUGAGUGCCAAGGAUGUCGGCCGCGAGGUGACCUUCCGCGCGCGGUUGCACCAUCUCCGCAAGAUGAGCGCCAAGUUUGUCUUCUUGCUCUUCCGACAGCAGACCGCGACUAUACAGGGCGUGCUGAUGGAACACGGGGCCAUCUCGAGCCACAUGCUAUAUUGGGCCGAGCAUCUAGAUCCCGAGACUGUACUCUUGGUGAAGGGCGUCGUGCAAGAGCCCAAGGCAAAGGAAGGAGAGGUCAAGGGGGCCUCAAUACACGACGUCGAGAUAUCCGUGCAUGGGCUACACGUCGAGGCCGGCGUGACGGAACACAUGGCCUUCACUGUUUACGAAGCAGAAGUCUCACAGGCCGAGGAAAAUCUGGAAGAGGAGGUUGAAGAGACGGAACAUCACAGGGAGGGACACCACCGCGUCCACAUCACAGAUCGAACCCGUCUCAACAGUCGUGUCAUCGACUUGCGCACGACUGCCUCCCAAGGCAUCUUCCGUAUCCAGUCAGGCAUUUGCAGCCUCUUCCGCACCCACCUCGAGAGCGAGGGCUUUAUCGAGAUACAUACCCCCAAGCUGCAAGGCGGAGCUACAGAGUCCGGUGCUAGUGUCUUCAAGGUGGAAUACUUCAACCGUGGCGCUUUCCUCGCACAGAGCCCUCAAUUGGCAAAGCAAAUGUGUAUAUCUGCAGAUUUUGGGAAAGUUUUCGAGAUUGGCCCUGUCUUCCGUGCCGAGAACAGCAACACAUACCGACAUUUGACUGAAUACACUGGCCUGGAUAUCGAAAUGGCCAUUGACGAGCAUUAUUACGAGGUUUUGCGUACGCUGGACCGCACGUUCAAGGCUAUCUUCCAGGGCAUCUACGACCGCUACAGGGUCGAAAUCGAGAUUGUCAAGAGGCAGUUCCCACACGAGGAUCUCGUUUGGCUUGAUGAAACACUCGUCCUUCCAUUCGCCGAAGCUGUUCAGCUGCUGAACGAUUCUGGGUGGACAAACGAGCACGGUAAACCACUACCACUGAACGAGGAUCUUGGUACGAGAGACGAAGUUCAGCUCGGCAGGGUGAUCAAGGCCAAGUACAACACAGAUUACUAUGUGCUAGAUAAGUUCCCCGUCUCAGCCCGUCCUUUCUAUGCCAUGCCAGACCCGAACAACCCUGAAGUCACCAAUUCCUUUGAUAUCUUCCUCCGUGGACAGGAAAUUCUUAGUGGUGGACAACGUAUCCACGACGCAGCUAUGCUGUUAGAAAAGAUGGAGAGGCUCAAGGUGGACCCCAAGUCGAUGGAAGACUAUAUCCAAGGAUUCCAGUGGGGAGCUCCUCCCCACGGCGGCGGAGGUAUCGGUCUCGAACGUAUUCUCAUGCUUGCCCUCAACCUCGGAAACAUCCGCCACGCCUCCAUGUUCCCUCGAGAUCCCAAGAGCUUACCCGCCAAACCGAUCAUCAAGCAGCUCAGGCAUCCGGAAGCCAGCACCAUUCACCCUCCAUGGGAAGGCCAAGACCGAGCAGCCGCUGGCCUAGACUUCCAGCCUCUCGAGAAGCUCAUCGCAAACUACGGCGAUGCAUCCAACACCUCCUGGCUCGAAGAGCGCACCGAAGUCUGGCGUGAUUCUUCCACUGGCGCUGCCGUUGGCUUCGUCCCGCAAGACGGCUUCGCCAUCACCGUCGGCAACCCCCUCUGCCACACCCAGCAGUACCUCAAGAUCAUCAACGGCUACCUCCGCUACAUCACCAAAGAGCGCAAGCUCAAGCCCCUCUGGCUCCUCGUUGGCCAAGAAGUGGAAGAAGUCCUCGCCGAAAAGCUCAACUGGCGCACCUUCUCCGUCGUCGCCGAGCAGCGCGUCGACCCCGUCGCCAACCCGGCCGCGCACGACAAGGAGGUCCAGCGCAAGAUCCGCCACGCCGAGAAGGAGGGCGUCAAGAUCCACGAGUUCAUGCUCGGCGAGCCCGUGCCGCAGGAAGUCCGCGAUAAAAUCGAUGCGCGGGUCAAGGACUGGCUGGCGAAUCGCAAGGGCCGCCAGGUCCAUCUUACGGAUAUCCACCCGUGGCAGGAUAUGGAGCAUCGCCAGUACUACUACUCGACGAUCCAGGACGGCACCAUCUGCGCGCUGGUCGUCAUGGCGCAGCUCAGCCCGGACCAUGGGUGGCAGGUCAAGUACUCGAUGGACUUCCCGGGCGCGCCGUCGGGCGCCAUCGAGCAGAUUGUGACGCAUGCGCUCAAGGUUGUUGCGUCUGGUGGCGCUACUUCUGUGACUUUCGGCGGCGGGGCGUCGGCGCGCUUCUCGCCGGGGCAUAAUCUGAAGGGGACGAGGGUGAAGGUGCUGAGCAGAGCGUACCACGCCAUAGCGACGGAGCUGAAGCUCACGCAGAAGACGGAGUUUCGGGAGAAGCUGGGUGCGGUGGAGGAUCCGAGUUAUCUGUGCUAUCCGCCGCAUGGGCUGGGCCCGUUGGGGGUGAAGGCGAUUAUGAAUUUCUUCGAGGAUAACGAUUAGGUUGAAGACGAAGGUAGAGGGGGGAGAGAGGCAUAAGGGAGUCUGGAGUCUAGGCGAUUGGUGAGCGAAACGAAACGAUAACGUCGUGAAGAAAGGAUCUUGAAGUGGAGCCUUGGGCGAUUAGAAUUUUUCCUUUUGUUGGUUCGUGAGGAUGAUGGCAUUAAAGGGAAGGGAAGGGAGGAGCUUGCGUUUGUUAGUUCGUUCGCUGGAAAAUUCCCCCCCUUUUUUCGUUUUACUACUACCCCCCUUGC